AUGUAUCUGCUGGUCCUGGUUCACAUCUUGCAGUCCUCUCUGUUGGCGGUCCACUCCUGUCCAUCUCUGUGCGCCUGCUCGUAUGGGAACAGUGGAACAGCAGAGCUCAGGUCAGUGCAGUGCAGUGACCCUGGAAUCUCAGUUGUUCCCAUUAAUGUACCAGCCGACACAGUCAAACUGCGUCUGGAGAAGACCUUGAUCUCCAGGGUGCCCCGGGCAGCCUUCUACAACCUGUCAGAGCUACGGUUCUUGUGGCUGGUCUACAACUCCAUCACAUCCAUCCACCCCAGCAGCUUUGUCAACCUGAAGGCCCUGCGGGAGCUGCGUCUUGAUGGGAACUUCCUGACGUCCUUCCCCUGGGAGGGGCUAAGGGACAUGCCCCAGCUCCAAACUCUGGGUCUCCACAACAAUCGCCUGUCCAGCCUUCCCGCCCACGCCGCGCUCUUCCUCCCUAACAUCACCUACCUCGACCUGUCCAGCAACAGGUUGACUAUCCUACCUGCCGAGCUGCUGGACCUGUGGUUUCCUCUCCCAGGACAACACGGGGGGCCAACACAGAGACGGAUUUUGGGUCUCCAUGACAACCCUUGGUUGUGUGACUGCCAGAUCUCCAUGGUGAUGUCCUUGUCCAUGUCCCUGUGGAGUCCUGUGGUUCUCAUGGACCAGUUGCUGAUGUGCAGCAGGUCUCUGGGUCAGUCGGGGGUGCUGCUGACCCAGGCCCAACUGUCCCGCUGCAUGAGGCCCUCAGUUCAGCCCGCAGCCACCAGAGUCGUCUCUCCACUGGGCAGCAACGUCAUCCUCCGCUGUGACGCCACCGGCUACCCAACACCAACCCUGACCUGGAUCAAGACCUCAGCCUAUGCUGAUUGUUGCCAGCAGAACAUGAUUGAGAGCUCUGAACAGCUGCCCAGGAAUUUAGAGAGCUUUAUGCAGGAGUCUCCUCGGGUCGGGGUCCGCUGGUCGAUCAUCAGCCUAAACGGGUUGUCGUACAAGGACGCUGGAGAAUAUCGGUGCCAGGCGCGGAACAUGGGAGGAAUAUCUGAAGCCCUGAUCAGACUGAGGGUGGUGGGUGUCACAAGACUGUCCCGUCCUCCAAAGAAGAAGUCCCAGAAGACCCCACCAAAACCGUCACUAAAAUACAGGAGGCCAAACCAGAAUCCAGCCACUAUCAACACCCCCUCGAUGAAGGAGAACCAGAUACCCCUAAACAUCACACCACCUUCCUUUAACAAGACCCAGACCGCCCCUGAUCCUGGGUCCAGAGUGUUCCCUGCAGACGAGUACAAAGUGAACCCCCAAGAUACGAAGAAGAAGACCCAGACGUCCAUUAAGUCUACACCUGAGUCCUCAGACAACACGACAAGUGCUCUUCUGUCAGAAACACAGAGAUAUAAAGAAGAGCAGGAUCGGUGACAUGUCUGUGAACCUCUAGUUUUAGUGUUCUGUUCUGUAGAAUAACUCAGGUUGUUGACGAGCUGUCCUGUUGGUCAAAAUAAAAAGU